AUGGGAACUUUACAAAGAUACGAUGGAAAUGACCAUCCCGAACUUUUGGUCAGGCAAGCUAGAUCUUGUUGUUACUCAACAAAAUCUAUGAUAAAUAACUCAAUUAAUAUAACUUUUACGGUGUUCAAAGAUACUUACAAAAGUAAAUUACAAUUAUUAAGAUAUUGUUCUGAAAAAGGAUGUGGAGAUUUAUUACGGAAUUUUAGGAUGCUCUGUUAUGGAGCUGAAAUUAAUGAUAUCAAAGAACUUAAACAAUAUCUUUUUCAAAGUAUCCAAAGUCAUUAUUAUUUAGAUCGUGAUGAUUAUAACAAG